CCACUAUUCAGAUCUCAACCGCCCACUCAAAAAUUCUUCGUCAUCUUCUUCGCGAAAAAUUCUCAAGAACUUGCAAGAACCCUAGGUCUUUCUUUCUCAAAUUUUCACCCAAAUUUCUGAGAAAAUGAAGGUUGUCGGAGCAAAUGUCCACUUUCAGAAGUUAGAAGCCAAGUGCUCAUCCCCAACAUUCUUUCAAAGCUAUCUGCAAAUGAUAGCCGCUCAAGAACUCUCCGAAUUUCUUCAAAUGGAGAUUCGCCUCAAAUUUGAGGAAGUAGUUCUUGAAUUCUACAGAGAUGGAGAAAUCAAAACUGCCCAUUCAAAGAAGGACCCACAAAGGACGUUUCCAGUCAUCAAGUCCACUGUUGGAGGUACAAGAGUGAAGCUUUCGCAAAAGAAAUUGGGAGAAAAGCUUCGCCUUCCCAAUUCUGGAGUUGAAGUUGGAAAAUUUCCAGUCAAAAAUCUGGACUGGAACAUCAUUGGAAUCUCUGGGCAAGCUCCUUCUGGCCCAGCGAAGAAAGCAGAUCUAAACAACGAUUACAAGUUGGUUUUGGAACUGGUCAUCGCUUGCCUCGAGUGUGGUAGUGGAGGUCAUGCCGAUGACAUCACCCAGGAGAGAGCCUUCAUCAUCAACUCUCUCAUUACCAAAACUAAGGGAAAGAAGUAUGAAGAAAGAUACUGGUUAUAUUAUCUGUAUUCAAAAGGGGAAAACAGAGCUGGUACUAGUGCCACUGCAGAAGAAAGCUCUUCAGAUAACGUCCCACUCAUCCAUAUGACGAAGACUACCAAAAGGAAGAAAGUGGUGUCUCCCUCCAUUGAAGCACCACAGAAUCUUGCUCCAAUAAAUCUUGAAGAAGAGGAAGAAUCCUCUGAUCAAGGAGAACUUCAAAGGAAGAAGAAGAGGAAGAUCAACUCCCCAACAUCUGGAAAUGUCAAUCCGGAUGAGUUGAAGGAGAAGGAACCUGCUGAGGAAACAUCUGCUCAAAACCGGAGCCCUCAACAAUUUGAAGAAGAAAUUCCUCAAGUCCAAAGCCUUCCAACCUCAUCUCAGCCUCAAACAGAUGAUGCAGAUAACCAAUUCUGGCAGCUAUACUAUGAUUGGAAAGCCUGGAAAGUUGGGAAUUCAGCAGAGAAACUGUUGAAUUGGGACCAACAGCUGAAGAAUGAGAAAAUCAUCAAGAAGUGCUUAGGAAUACCAGUCAACCACAACUGUGAACAGAUUUUGGAUGACUACUGGGUAUGGCAAAGGAACUCUGAAGACUUGCAUCUGGAAUACCUGGCCAAUACACCAGUUUCAGACUAUGUAGCAGAUGAUGUAGACACUGCAGUCUUCAAGCCAGUCUUCUCAAAAGCUACAGAAGAUCAAGUGGCUCUCACUUCUGAAGCAACAGCUGAGGAUUUCCAAACAUUUCCGGAAACCUCACCUGCCCUCGAAACGGAAACCUCACCCGCAUUUCAGGAAACUUCACAUGCUUCUGAAAUGGUUCUGACUGAAGUUGUUCAAGAGAAGGCAACCCCUCCCUCACUAGAACAGAACCAGGAAACAGCAGAUGAAGAAGAAUUUCAGCCACUAAUCCAAUCUCAAGUUUUGGAGAUUCUCACCACUCCUUCUCUUCCAGAAACAAUGGAGCAAGCUGUUGAAGCACAGAGGGAUUCUGGAGAAGCUGCAAAGGAAGCUCAAAUGGCAGAACUAGAGGUCUCUGAAACUCAAGUAGCCAUUUUUGAAGAAGAGAAUACAGCUGAAGAAAGAGACUCCUUCUCUAGGGAUAUAUCAAAUUUUGCGCUUGAAACAGAAGGAGAAUCUGAAAGAACACUGAAGGUUACCGUUGAAGAAGAUGUCCAAGAAGAUGCUGAAUCUCUUCCUAUGCAACUUUUCCAAAGAACACCAUCAUCUCAUCAGGUAACCAACUUUCAUUUCCAUAGCUCUUCCACCCCUGCUCUUCCGGAUGAGAUACCGGAAAUCUGGACAAAGAAGGUCCAAGGGCUGAUUGAAUCAGCCCUAGCAUCUCAACAUGCCUCCUUUAGGCAAGAGAUAGAACAAAUGGAAGUCAGGCACACCCAGCUAAUAGAGAAAUCUGAAGGAAAACACAGCGCAGAUCUCAUUGAAAUAAGCAAAUCAGUGCAGAAGACUCUGGAGAUUAUCUCUCUAUUGAGUGAAACUGUGAGCAACACGAUGAAAAUAUAUGCCUCUGACAGUCAACUUCAUCUCAAAGAGAUCAACAAAGUCAAAGAGCAAAUAGCGAGUGUCACAAUUAGUCUCCAAAAACAGAUGUCCCUUCUCCAAAUGGACAUCAGAUCAGCCCUAGCAGUAGCUUCUGCAAAUCAGGUAGUGACCAAAGACUACUUGAAGGUGAUCAUUGACAAUCAAAAGGAAGCAUUCAAGCUGUUCAGACUUAUUGGUGCAAACUCUGGAAACCGCAAGAUGGAAGUAAUUCUCCAACAACACAGUCCAUCUCCAAUACCACAGCUUCCUAUUGCAAUCAAAGAAGGAGAAUGUAAUGUGGUGAGCUUUGCGUCAUCUCACCUCAAAGUAAUCACGUACAAAGAAAGGAGAUUUGUUUAGCACUAAUGUUAAUAUUAAACUUAAGAGCAAGAAUAUCACCACACACAUAAAAAUUUAUCAGUUUUUGUAAGUAAAGGAUAAACUUUCCCACCACUUUGUUCUAUAACCUGAAAUGCUCAAAAUCCCUCUGAAAUGUUAUAACCUUCUACCACUUUGUUCUAUCUAUUAAUUUUGGUUUGUCCACUUUGAAAGAUCAUGGGAACCUUAAAAUUAGGUUGAUGGAACAUAAU